GAAUAUCCAAAAAAGCCUGCUCCUCCCCUUGUCACGCGGGCUCUUUCUUGCAGCUUCUCCUCUCUCUGCCCAGCCAUCACAGGCAUUGAGGCAAAAUUCCCGAGGCUCAACUCAACCACCACCUCCUCCACCACCACCAUUAUCAUCGACAUCGUCGCCGCCGCCGCCGCCGCCCUCGUCGGGGUGCCUCGUCGCGUACGAGCCAGCUGACUGACCAAACAACCUUCAACGCCACACCGAGACCAUACAGCCACCACAAAUUCCACAAUAUAAACGCACGCACGCACAUUCGCACGUAGACGUAUGUAGAUCGCGCCGUCCUGUCUGCCUGCCCUCACAUACUCCGCACCCCAUAAUGCUCGCCGGCGUCCAAGCGCACCUCGGCCGCACCUCGACGGUCGCGCUGGCCGCGCUGCUGCCCACCGCGGCCGUCGCCGUCCCCGUCGUCUACCUGGUCUACCUCAACGGGCGCAUCCGCUCUUCCACGACGUCCCGCGCCGGGCGUCGCAGCAGCUCUCGCCAGCACGGGAAUCACCAGGAACAGCAGGAGCGGCGUGAGGGAUCAGCGGCAUCCGAGACGCGGGCGCCUGCGGACCCGAGGUCGCUCCCCGGCCACGUCAGGUCCGACGAUGGUUCGCAGUGGGUCGUCUCGUACGAGCGCGUCGUCUCCAAACCCAUCCCCGCGUCCUCCCUCUCGCGUCCUCCCACCACCACCACGGCAGCAGACGACCCGGCGGCGGCGACGGGACAAGAGGAGCAGCAGCAGCAACGGCCGUCCCCGCUGCUGAGAGCCUACAUCCGCGCGGCGCACGUCGCCUUCAGCUGGACGCCGCAGGCCCUGCUGAUGCGCGCCAUGAUCAAGGAGCCGUCCCUCAAGCGCUCCUUCGACAGGGACUGGAUCGACGCGCUCGACUUUGUCCCCGGCGACAUGGUCAACGGCGUGUACAGAGCCUCCCAUUACAGCAAGGAGGCCGGGUCCGUGUCGGAAAGGUCGGAGCUGCUCAUCGAGGUCCCCGCGUCGUACAAGGGCCCGCCCGUCAAGGGCCUGCUCGUGGCCGCGAUUGAGCCUGCUGCCGCCUCGAGCACGUCGGACGAGGAGGACGAGGAGGCCGUCGUCUUCGUCAACGAGACGUGGAUGUGGCGAGGCGUCGACGAGCCGCCCACUCUGCUGGAGUCGCCCUUGGGCGGGUGGUUUCACGGCAAGCUGGCCGGGUGGCUCAUCCUCAAGGGGCUCAGCACGGUGGUGGCCGGCCGCAAAGAUAAGGCAAGCUGAUCAAGGCCAUUCCCUCGAUGCUGAGCCAGACUUCGUCGUUGCGCGCAAUUUUAUUAAGCGGCAUUCGAGCCCCCAGGUGCUGGCAGAGGCGGCCCCAAGGCCCAGAUCCUUUUGGCUGGCUGCGCCUGAUAUCCCAAAACUCUACUCCUUGUACAUAAUGACACGCCUUGUAAUAUACCCACCGAGUUCGGGUUCUACAGCAUACCCCCCUCUGCGUAUAUCAA